AUGGGAUUCGAACCCACGCGUGCAGAGCACAAUGGAUUAGCAGUCCAUCGCCUUAACCACUCGGCCACCUCGUCACGGCAGGCUUUUCCUUGCUCGGCCUAUAAGGAAGCGCGCCCACCGCCUCCGCCAUCUUAUCUCGCACGCCGCCUCCCCCCGCGCGGCGCUGCCGGACGCGCGAACCUGCGCGGCCACAGCGCGGAGCGAGGCCACCCCAGGGGGACCGGGCACCCCGCGCAGCCCGUGCGGUUACCGCGCCAUCCUCGUCACCGCGGCUGCGGGCGCGCGGGCCGCGGGUGGCGGCGAAAUGGCAGCGGUGGGGCGAUAAGCGGGGGGCCGCCAUGUUGUACGGCAAAAAGGGGGCCGCCAUGUUGUACGGCGGCGCAGGCGUGUCGUCACGGCGCGGGGAGGGCGGUUGGAUUUGAACGGGGCGGUGGCGACCGGGAGCGGGAAGCGGGGUCGGGAACCGGGAACGGGGGAGCCCCGCCGCGCCCCCAGCGCCAGGUGAGAGCGGCUGCGGGGUCCGGCGAGGGGAGGAGGCCGUGCUGGGGCAGCGCGGGAGUGACGGCGGCCGUUUGCCCGUGUCCGGGGCGGAUCCUGCGAGCGUGGGAGAAGGCGGGAGGAGAAGGGAAAGCACAUCCUUCAGCCAUGGACAAGAUUUACACAGACCCGAACAUGGAAAAUGAUAACACGGAGCACAUCAGAGGGAAGAGACUGUCCUCCAUUUUAAAGGCUCCGCGAAAUCCUCUGGAUGAUCUGGGAAGUGGGAAUGAACUGACCCAGGAUAUUAAUAGAGAGAGGCGAAGGAAGAGCUCACGCCGCGUCAGCUUUGCCAACACCAUCAACUACAGAGUCUUCCAGCGAGAUCUUAAGAACGGCACAUCAGAGAAUGAAAAUAGAGAGCAUGCAGCAGAUAAGGAUGAUGUCUUUACUCAUCAGGAUGAGGAAACUGAAGCUGUUUCGUGUGAGAUCACUGGGAUGAACACUUUGCUUCACGCCCCCAUCCAGGCUUUGGUGCAGGAAACUGAGUGGCAUGACGUGGACCAGGCUGUUCUGAGGGCGAGCAGGCAGGACACCACCCUGCUGUUCUCGGAGGAGAACGCGGUGGAGAUGACGGCCAGUCACACGGCCCUGAUCUCCCAGAACCUCGGGGCCCAGCAGGCCGACGGAACCGACAGAACAGACAUCGCCUUCCUGGCUGGGCUGGGCUCCAGCCACGGCAGGGCAGAAGCCAGCCAGGAAUUCGGUUUGCUCCCCGACCCCGCCAAUCACCCGUGCCCGUCCCUGGAAGAGAAGGAAGAGGCUCCUGCUGUAAAAAAAGUAGAUUUCAAUGAAUUUAUGCAGAGCCUGAAGUCAAAGAAGAAGGCACCGAAUCCUGCUGAGGGACCUGACAAGGAGAAUGUUUUCUUUGCCCCUUGCCAAGGCUUGGAAAAUGUGGCACUAUUGCCUGAGGAAUUUGUCUGUUCCCACGAGCCGCUGCACACCUGCAAUGUAACACAGGUCUUUCGAGGGCAAGAAGGUGGGAUGGAAAUGACAAAAUGUGAGGCAGCUGGUGUUAGGGUUCCGUUCUCUGGUGUUGGUGAGGCCCCACCGGAGCAGCUGGAGUGUGGGGAUGUCACCCAGGCCUUUGUGGAUGAUGGGAUGGACAUGACAAGCAGUCACACUGCAGAAGUGUCCUUUCCCUGCUCCAGCGUUGGGAAUCAAAGUCUCCACUUCCAAAAGGAUUCCCCAUCCACAGAGUUAGAUAAUUCUGUGUUGAAGAGAGCAUCUAAUCAGAACCUGACUCAGCAGGACCCUCAGCUCUGUGCAGACAGGAAAGCAGCAAAUGCUGAAGACAGAGGAGCCCCUGCAGUGCUGAGAGGGGUGAGACAGGAGGCCAGGGCAGUGUCUGCCAUCCGGGGAGCCGUGUCCUCUGAGACCGUCUUCCGAGGGGACAAAACUGUUGUGUUUUCCAAAUGUGAGGACAUGGAAAUGACUGGGAAUUACACAGACAUCAUCUACAGCAGCAGCACCACGGGAACGGACGCUUUAUGUGAUAAAACUUGCGAAAAACCAGGGAGUACAAACCCUGUGCUAGCAGGGAGCAGACACCCAGCACUUGGGAAUGCGGACAUCCCACAGGGUGUAGCAGCCGGAGAUUAUGGAGCUGCUGUGUCCUAUAAAACCAGAGCACUUGAACUGCCUUCAGCCUCAGAUGGACGUAUGGAAAACAUGUCCCAGGCUCACGAUCCUGCUGCAGCAAAUGCUGGGUUUGGCUCAUGUGCAGAUUUGGGUGCUCCAAAGAGCAGGUUCCAUCCCUCAGCACAGCCUCAGCUGGUUCCUUCAGGUGAGAAGACAGUAAUAUUCCCAGGAGAAGACAUGGACUUGACUAAAGCUUGUGUUAAGGAAGACAGAAAGAGUGUUGAUAAUGAACCUCCCACUGCAGUGUUCACCCCUGUCACCUGCAAACCUCAUUUUCUGGAUAACAGAUCCACAGCUUCCAGUGGAGCUGAGCAGGAAGAAAUGGAAAUAAUGAAAUGCCACGCUGUUGUCAUCAGUGAUCAAAGCAGUGGGACAACUGCAGAAACCAGACAAAUGCUUUGUAAAACCAUUCCAAGAAAGAACCAGAACAAAAAUGUCAUUGAGGGUGCAUAUUUCACAGAUAUGGACAAGGAAAAUAUUGAGGUGAUGAGUAUCAAUGGGAAUAUUAAAAGGAGCCAGGCUAUUGAAAUGAAUACUAAAAAUCUUCAGAUGAUUGGAAAAAACAACUUCCAGGCAAGUGAUCUGAGUUCCUGUGCCAGGAGCACAUUUUUGUUCCAACAGCCAGACAGAGGAGUCCCUGGGAAUGUCGUCACUGACACUGGAGCAUCCCUGUCUUUGCGAAGCCAAGAAGUUGUUGGGUCACAGCCUUUGGAAAAACACCUUCCAGACCCUUCCGUUUCCUGCACGAGCGACAGAACAGUCACGUUUUCAGGUGAUCAAAGCAUGGACAUAACCAAAGCUUAUCCUGCUGCCCUUGAUGAUGCUCCUAUUAACACAGGACAAGAGUCCAAUAAUAAUAAUAAUAAUCAAAAUAACACAGUAUCCAAGCAGCUGCAAAACCAGCCCUUCCCGUUUUCCGGUCAUCUCGGUGUGGAUAUCACCAGUCAAACUGCAGCAAUGGAACGUGGGGACUUGAACACGAAGAAGCGAGUUUUUACUCCUUUGGCUCCAAGUGGUUCGUUUAUUUUCGGUGACAAGCCUGCUCCCUCUGGAACGAGAGGAAAUGAGCAACUUGGAACAGCCUUGGGAAUAAAUGCAGAUUGCCAAAACUCAGGGAGGCAAGAGAAAACCCACCCUGUGAGGGCAGUAAACAAAGUGCUGCCAACUCAAGUGGAUCCUGAGAGACGUUUUCCGACGGGUAAAACACAUGCUUCAGGAGAGGGUUUAAAACCUCCCUCAGCUGAUGGGCUGCAAGCUGGGACAUCCCAGCUGCAGAGGGGAAGUUCCCAGUUGCCUUUGCUUGGAGGAAAGUCAGCUGUGGUUCCCUCAGGUGAAAGCAUGGACUUGACUGGAAGCUGCGUGGUGAGGGUUCCAGAUUACACCAUCAACGUUGUUCUAUCACAGCCAAAAGCAGCGCCUGGAGACCCUGAUCAAGGUGGAAAUGAAAUCAAGCCCUUAAAAAGGGGGCCCACGAUGACAGCAAAUAAUCAGGAGCAGCCUGUGGGACAGGAGAACUCCUCGGUGUAUGGCAGGAAAACGUUGCCCAUGAGUAGUUUAAAGCAUUUUGCUGAUGAGAAACCAACCCUGUUUUCAGAAGAUGCCGAUGUGGACACCACCAGGAGUCACACGAUGUCAGCAGACAACAGAGUCAUUUUCCAGAGGAAGACUUCAGACGAUGGCACAGCCUUGAUUUCUGGAGUUCAGACUUGUGUUUUCCCCUCUGACAUGGAAAUAACUAAUCUUGAUCCCUCUGCAGUCAGUAAAUCCGUGGGGAAAGCUGCAUCUCAGGGGGUGCUCAGCACAGCUAAAAGGACUGGAAGGGAAAGCUUGAAGGGAAUACCAGGGGAGAAGACUGUUUUGUUUUCCCUGAGCAAUGAGGAAAUGACACGGAGCCACACAGCUGCCAUAGGCCACAGGAUUGUGCAGGAUGAGGGAGGGCUCCAUUCCCUCUCUUCAGGUCAUCCUGUGAGGAGUGUGAUGAUCACAGGUAGCCGGGCUGACGUGGGCAUUUCCACGUCUUUCUCUGCUGAUAAAACCACAGGAAUAGUUGUAUGUGGUGUUCAGCCAAACUCUGGUGAGGAGGCUGGACUUCCCAACAGCCAAGUUACGAUGUUUCCUGAGGAUGACAUGGAAAUGACCAAACCCUCCCACGGAGCUUUGGCAGAGAACCCCCUCCAGGGCUGGUUUGAAGAGACAGAAACUCACAACGCCAAAAGAUCUUUGGAACAAGAUAAAGAGGAUCUUCAAAGCCCAAAGAAGGUCAAGAGGCUUGAAAACGUGGAUGUUGAAGCACAAGACUUGCAGGUUACUUUUGCUGCUGUGCCUCAGAACCAAGUAGAAGUUGAUGAAGGUGGAGAACCUCCAAAUCUCUCAGCUAAAACCCCUGACUGUCCUCAAAGCAGUGCCAGCAGCUCCCUGGAUUCUCUUAGGGCUGAUGCAGAAUUAACAAUCCAGCCCAGCAGUCAUGUGGAGUCCCAGCUUCUCACAGACAGCAUUUGUGAAGACAAUUUAUGGGAGAAAUUUCAGAGUGGUGCUGUCACAGUUGGGGAGUUUUUUACCCUUCUCCAAGUCCACGUUCUGGUCCAGAAGCCCCGGCAGAGCCACCUGCCAGCCAAGCGUGCAGUGAGUGCACCUCCUACCCCAGAGGAUCUCAUCUACAGCCAGCACAUUCACCGGCCCAAGCUGCGGAUUUACAAGGAGGAUUGCCAGGCCCUGUCUCAGAAAAUAGAUGAGUUAAAAACAUAUACCAACGUCCAGGAUCAACUCCUGGUGAAUGUGAACAGGAGCCUGUGGGAAGUAAUGAGAACCUGCUCUGAUGAAGAGCUGAAGAACUUUGGAGCUGAACUGAACAAAAUGAAAUCCUAUUUCACCAAGGAGAGUAAAAUCUUGGCUCACAACGAGAAGGAGACAUUGUACAGCAAACUGGUGCAGAGUGCCCAGGAACAACAUGGAAAGCUCCAGGCAAGAACAGAAAAGGUGGAUGAGCUGCUGAAGGAGGCAGAGAGCUGCCUGGUUGCUCUGGAAUCAGAUUCUUUCUGGGAUGAAGGGGAUGAAGUGGAAGGAGGGCAGAGCCUACAGAAAGAACUGGAAAGCCUCAGAGCCCAAGAAGAGGAACUUCAGAGAGAACUGUCAGAGAUGGAGGCUGAGGAUGAGCAGAUGCUGGUUCAGAUGGAUGAGCUCAAGAAGGUUGAAAAGAGCUGCCGGGAAAUCCUGGAGAAAUAUGACUUCACUGAGUGGGAGAUUGCAGAAUGGAGUGAGCAGCAGGCAGUCUUUAAUUUUCUUUAUGAUUCUGUGGAGCUCACAGUCGUGUUUGGACCCCCAAUAGAUGGUGAUGAUUUUGGUGUAGAUCCUUCCAGAACCAUCGUUAGCCUGAACUUUGAGUGCUUCCUGAACGUGGAACAAGCUCCACCCUCCUCGUGUUUAGUCCAAAGGCUCAUCUUUCAGUUUAUCAAAAGUCAGGGAAGCUGGCAGGAAAAGUGUCCCACGCUGUACUACUUGCCCCAGGUUCUCCAUGACAUCUCCUUGGUGGUGAAUCGUUGCAAAAUCUUGGGAGAAGAGGUGGAAUUUCUGGAGAGAUGGGGUGGAAAAUUCAGUCUCCUGAAGACAGAUAUCAAAGAGACAGAGGUGAAGCUUUUGUUCUCCGCUUCCGCAGCUUUUGCCAAGUUUGAGUUGACUCUGUCUCUCUCUCCCGACUAUCCAUCUGCUCCACUUCCCUUCAGUGUCCAAACCCACAUCGGGAAUAUCGGGAAGGAGGAAAUUUCUGCUGUUCUCUCCAGUGUUCCAGUUGGUCACCACUAUCUGCGGAGAAUAGUCACUCUGAUCCAUCAGAAUCUGCUGCAGGAUCCCAGAUGAUCCUCUGGAUGCAUGGGCAAGACUGGAGCAGUCGGAGUGGGUAGUUUUUGAGUUUAUUCUUGUGAGAAUUCCAGCUGUCUCUCACCAGAAUGGGAAUGCUGUUAUGCCCCCCAGCUCUAGUAUUCCUGCCUAUUUAGUAUUCUUGUAGUUUGCACCAAGUAUUCUACUUGGUGUAGGCCACGAGUUUUACAAAAGCAGAGGUGUCUGAAGAGGAGAAGGAAGAAAUUCCUAUGUCCUUUGUAAAUCCAAGCUGCCUUUCGUCUUCUCUCAGUCACUCCAGGGGAUCGUGACCUCCUUGGAAUGUCAUUCCUAACAUGGAUAUUCUUCUGCCAUAGCCUGUUAAUUUAGUUCUGGGGUGAUUUACAAAGCUCUUGGACAAAGCAAUGAUGAGGAUUCUCUAAAUUAAGUGGACUGGAGUUUACUUUCACUGUCAUAAUUUCAUUACCAUGUACUAAAUUGCAGAUCCCACCAGGUCUGCUCUUUAUUCAUCUCCUGGAGCCUCUCCCAGUUCGGACACUAUAUCCCUGCAUCUGAUUCAUUAACCAAUUAACCUGUAGCAAUUAACCUGUAGCAAUUAACCAUGUGGCCAAAGUCAGAAAUAUUUUUGGAAUUAAGACAAAAAAUCCCUGUGCUUGACCACCGACUUUGGGAUGAAACAGCCCCAAAGCCGUUGGUGUGACUGAAGUUUGUUCUGAGGUUCAGUGUCAGUCCAGCGCAAUCUCAGGAUGCUGGUGCAUUGUCCCAGUUUGGAAUGCCUUGGAAUUUUAGUAAGGAGACAGAGCUCCUUAAAUUUAGGAGUACCUGUAAGAUUUAGCUUGGGUUUGUGUAUAUCUUGUAUAUUAUGUGGGUUUUGCUGUUGGAUCUGGUCUCCCCCUGGCCAAGUUAUGGAGCAGAAGCACCAACCCUGGCCCAGCUCUCCGUUCUCCUGCUGCAGAUCUUCGUAUCCUGUAAAAUAUGUUGAAUUUAAGAAUGUUUCCCUGUGUUUCGGUUUUUAUCUAUUUUGUGUUUUUAUAAGUUUUCCUUCUGUUUGGAAGGUGGAAGUUCAUUAAACGUUGGAAUUAGCACCAUUCCUGCUUCCAGUGGGGAUUAUUGGCUGCUGUAUUUAAACCGC